AUGAGAAAAGAAGAGAUGAAACGUGAAAUUUGGGACUGUGGCAGUUCCCUUUACGACUCAUUUGAACUCAAAUCUUUACAACACCAAAUUAACUCCGCCAUCUCCACCAGAACCAUGUCAAUGCCCCACCUUUCCCACCACCGGCAACCACCACCCACCGUCCGCCACAAUGAACCCUCCUCCAAGAAACGUUCCCUUUACAAGUUCCUGCGAUCUGUUUUCUGGCCUAAAAAUCACCACCAUACCUCCUCAACAGACGGAGCUUUCUACGUCUACGAUACUUCUAGUACUGCACUGUCUACCAUCCCGGAGUCACCGGAGAAGCUGCGGGAGUUUGAUGGGUUGUCGCGGGAGAUGAAAUCUUUGGUUAGAAGGACAAGGUCCGAUCGGUUUAUGUCCACGUCUCUUGGUAUAUCAUGUGUAUGA